AUGGACAACCGCUCGAUCGCGCGCUGGCUGAGGCAGAUCGGACUCCCUCAGUACACCAGCGCUCUGGAGAAGCAGUACUACGGCCUCGAGGGUCUCCUAUCUGUAACAGAGGAUGAUCUCAGACUGAUGGGAGUCGAAGAUCCAGAACACAGAACAACCAUCCUAAUGCAACUACAGACACAACAGCCUGAGAAAGAGAAUAUCUCCACCGGCACGAUGAGCCGGAAAAACACUCUGGCAUCACCGAUUGACCUGGUCAGAUCCACGGACUUCUUCCGGCACAGCAUCGUGCCGAGACUGCGUCGCCGUGACAACCGAGUCUCCGCCUCCUGCCUCCAGCUCCGCCCUGAAGACCACGCCCCCUCCAGCAAACUCAAGCUCAGCAGGAGGAAGAGUGUGUCGGCCUUCAUCAGUCAGGUGUUCUCGGGGCUGAAGGACAUGGACUCUCUGAAGAAAGAGCUGGAGGAGGAGCUGAAACUCAGCACUGAAGACCUGAGGGGUCACGCCUGGUAUCAUGGACAGCUGCUGCGCGAGGGUGCGGAGAAGCUGUUCUCUAGAGACGGAGAGUUUCUGGUGCGCGACUCCAGCUCCAGUCCCGGUGAAUACGUCCUGAGCUGCAUGUGGAAAAAUCAACCCAUGCACUUCAAAAUCAUACGUGUCGUUCUGCGACCCAAACAGGGUUACACCAGAGAGCUGUUUCAGUUUGAGAACGAUCAGUUCGAUAACAUACCAGCGUUAAUUCGGUUUCACGUCGGCGGACGGCGUCCCAUCUCGAAUUCCGCAGGCGCCAUCAUCUUUCAGCCAAUCACGCGCACUCUGCCUCUACGCAUCAUCAGCGAGCGGCAGGCGGCGAGGUCAUCAAGCUCCGCCCAUCUGUCACGAGGUCAGAGCAAGAGGCGGAGCCUGAGUUCCUCUCAGAGAGACAUGCUGCAGGUCAACAGCAACAACCUACUCAGGAGCGGCAGUCAGCCUGCUAAUCUGGAGACAGUGGGGAGACCAUUCCUACAGUCUGCACAAUCUGACAGCAACCUGCGCACAGGUGUUCCUCAGUGCAGUGCGUCACAUGACUCUAGCCACGCCCCCGUGUCCCCGGUGUUCCGCACAGGAAGUGAGCCUGUCCUCAGCCCAGCCACUUCCUGUCAGUCGAGUCUGGGUGCGUCUCCUCUGGUGGGCUCUGACGGACAGCUCCACUGCCGAGCGCCGCCCAAACCCCUGCGCAUCUCCAUCAUGUUCCCCCCGACCCAGUGCGACCCCGACCCCGGCGACAUCUACGGAGAGCUGGUGCCACAGGUCCCGGUCACCAUGCUGCCGAAAGGUCACGCGGCGCGGCUCCGCGCUCAGGAGAAGUGGACGAGUCGCGCGCGCCUCACCGAGACUAGCUUCGGGUUCCUGGAGGCGCAGAAGCUGGAGGAGCAGCCACUCACACACACACACACACUCACACACGGAGACGAGGACGAGCGCGACUGGUGUUUCCAGCGGCCGCUGACGGAGACGAGCUCCUGCUUUCGUCUGGAGGAGUUUCGUUCGCUUCUGCUGCCCGAGAACAACCGCCCGCUGGACCAGAGCGUCCUGAUGAGGGUCAAAGAGCUGCUCACACACACCGACGCCAGAGCCACCGCACUGCACAUGCUCAGCGUCAACUGCCAGGUGGCGCGUGUCACCGGUGUGACGCCGGAGCAGAAGAGCAUCAUGGGAGUUGAGAGCGGACUGGAGCUCGUCACGCUGCCACACGGAGGCCAGCUCAGACGGGACCUGCUGGAGAGGCACCACUGUCUGGCUCUGGGUGUGGCGGUGGAUCUGCUGGGCUGUACUGGGACGCUGGUCCAGCGGGCGACGGUGCUGAGCCGCAUCAUCACGCUGGCGCAGGAGCUGCGCAACACCACGCGGGACCUGUACGCCUUCUCCGCCGUCAUGAAGGCGCUCGAGCUGCCGCAGGUGGUCAGGUUGGAGAACACAUGGCGAGCGCUGAGGCGUAAUCACACCAACAGCGCCGUGACCUUCGAAAAGAGCCUGAAGCCCUUCAUGAAGUCCCUGAAUGAGGGCGAGGACGGCGUGGGCUCGGAGCCGGUGUCUCUGCCACACAUGGUGCCGCUGCUGAGGCUGAUGGAGGGCGAGGACAGUGUUGAAUCCACAGACAGAGGCUGUCAGCUGCUCUACAACCUGCUACAGUCGGCUCGCAACGCCACACUACACGCUAGUGACUGCACACGCCACGCUCACGGCCUGCUGUCAGCCGGAUGGGAGCCGAUCCCGGAGCUCCUGGAGGUGUUUCAGACGGAGUUCUCGCUGCGCCUCUUCUGGGGUCAGACGGGUGCGCAGGCCGAGCACAAGGAGCGCUGCGCCAAGUUCGACCGCAUCCUCACGGUCCUGUCCAACAAGCUGGAGCCAGAUGCAGGAUCUGCGGUCUGAGCAGCUCGAGGGAUCGAGA